AUGUCACAUCUUAGUCGUAUCAAAACAUGCAUAAAUAAUGAAUUUAUCUUAAAACAAACGUUAAUAGAAUUAGGUUUUAAUUACGAAAACAACAAACACAAAAAGCAAGAAAAGAGUAAAAUUAACACUCAAUUGUUCGACCUUAUUAUCACAAUAAACAAUAAAGAUCUAUGUGAAUUUAUAUGGGACGGUUACGAGUAUUCAUUCGUAGCAGAUUUUCAACUAUGGAAUUACAAUAUUCCAUAUGAACAAUUCUUAGAAAAGAUUAAGCAGAAGUACUCAUAUAAUGUAAUUAUUCAGGAAAGUAUAAAACAAGGAUUUAUAAAUAUUACUAAUGAAAGAUUACAAGAUGGAUCAAUUAAAUUAAUUAUUCAAAGAUGGAAUGAAUAA